AUGGCAGUCACUUUGGAGCAGUUUCGUAUUCAAUCACUGCCCAAGAAUAUUUACUAUAUCCCCGAAUUUAUCUCUCCAGAGGAAGAAGAACGCCUGCUGAGCAAGGUCACAUCUGUGCCAUUGCCUCGCUGGACUCACCUGUCUCGACGCCGUCUCCAGACAUGGCCAUCCGCACUUACAAAAUCGAACAUAUUACUAGAGUCACCACUUCCAGACUGGCUUGUCUCUCCAGUAGUAACUCGAUUUACAGAGUUGAACAUAUUUGCCUGCUCGCCUCACCAGGCCCCAAAUCAUGUCCUCAUCAAUGAAUACCAGCCUGGCCAGGGCAUCAUGCCUCAUGAAGAUGGCGCGGCAUACUACCCCAUCGUGGCUACAGUGAGCAUAUCUGCGUCCAUUGUUUUGGACAUAUAUGAGAAGAGGCGCGACGAUGAGCAAUCUAUAGAAUUGGCAAGCGAUAUCAUGACCAGCCAGACACCACGGUAUAGGAUCUUGCAGGAGCCGCGUAGCUUGCUGAUAACAACGGGGGACUUGUACACCGAAUAUAUGCAUGGUAUCGCUGAGAGAACAACCGAUAAUGAUCUUGACUCAGGUGAAAUAAGCAAUUGGGAGCAACUUGGAGAUAAAACUCAAUUCCAAGCAGGGAGCUAUAACAGACAAACAAGGGUCAGUCUGACAUAUCGAGAUGUUCUUCGAGUGUCAAAACUUGGGAAUACAAUAAAAUUUCUCAACAAGAGAUGA